CUUUAAUUUGUUUUAUGGAAGAAAAUAAGACACAGAAAAGUUUAGUAGUUUAUUUUAAAAAUCGCAUCGGGAUGGAAGGGUAGGUCUUAUAUCUAAGUAUGGGUCUGUGAUUCCAUUUCUAAAAUUCCGAAAUCCAAAAAGCUCUGAAUCAAAAGUUGUUUUUGUUUUGUUUUGUUUCUUAAGUGUUUGGUAUUAAAACUAAAUUGGGAGCAAAACUUGACGCUUUAACAGGUUAGUGUUACUCCUUAUUUCUCCUACCUAGUGCGACCAUUCAUACAUUUCAUUGCAGAAAUAUUAAUGUGUUUAAUUACCAUGGGCUGCCCAGCCCCCACUCAGAAUAUAAGGUUAUAUAUACACAUACACAUGUCCUGUAUACAGACAAACAAACAAACGCACACUUUCUGAAUUCUGAAACAAAUCUGAGCUCAAGGAUAUUGAUUAGGGAUUGUGGGACUUGUGCCAUACGAGGGGUAGCUAUCUUUUAAAACUGCUUUAGUUUAAAAACUGUUCAGUUUAGUUUAGUUUAACAAACUCCAAAAAUGAAAAUUCAUAUUUGAAAAAGAGAAACAAGGAGUGAUUUUACUGUCCAACAUAUAGGCAUUUUCUUACUCCCUCUGUUUUCAGAAAGGGAGCCCCAACUGUCUUAUCUUACCUCCUACUUCAUCCUAUCCUGUCUGAUCUCCAGGAAAUAAACCUCCAGGCUUCUCUAGGAGGUGCUCAACUGCCUGACUCUGGAUGUUUGUUUCUUAAACAGAAUUCCAACUGACCUUCCUGUUUAGAGCCUUGUCUUCAACCCCAAAUCUUCUAGUUCCUGAAAUUUUAGGGGUUAUGCAGAGUAAAUUGUGUUGACUCACGACUUUCUAUAAUUCAGGGUUUUUUGUUUAGUUGUUUGUUUUUGCCAAAUUUACACGUGGCCUUUGCUCUGCAGUUUUCAGAAUUUUGUUGCUGUAGUCUUCUCUCUUUUUUCUUAUAGUUUAUACUUAAAUAUAAUAACAAAACAACCUCCCCGGCAUUUUAGUGGGGUUUCAAGGAGAGAGUGGCAAUUAAAUAUUUGUGUUCCAUCUGCCAUCUUUAUUGGGAAUUAAGGGCUUUAUUUAAAAUAGCUUUAUUUUUUCCCUUAUGCUCAUUUCGUACAGCUUUAGUUCAUCUUUCUACCAGAUGGUGGGUCUGUUCCAGAUGGAGACCAGGGUCUUUGGGGUUUGCUUGAACUCCUUGAGAGUCUUGCUCUCUCUGUAGGCUUCUAGAGCCAUUGUGAACCUGGACUUGCUUUUGGCCUGGGUGGGAUGAUUUCAGGGGAGACGACUGGUAUUAGUGUAGAGGCAUAAACAUUGGCAGAGGGGACUCAGGUAUCUGGCAAAGCCUUGCUUUCUUAGGGGCCUUCACUGGCAAUAUUUAUUUGGAUUUCUAACGAAUACAUUAGAAUCCACACUGCCGUGCCUUACCCAAGGGUAAUAUUAUAAAUAUUUAACAAUGACUAUGUCAUGAGUAGUGACCAGUUCUGAAACACCUUUCUGCUGUGCUGAUGCAAACCAGCUGACCAUCUAUCCAGGCUUGUGCCAGGUUCCAGAAUGUCCCCAGCUUUCUCCAGCCCCUGUCUUUAUUAUCUUGCCCUAAUUUCCAGAAUGGAACUUUGGAAAAAUGGGCUGAGCCUACUUUCUCUUGCUCCCAGGCUUUAAAGAUCAUAGUCCUUAAGUACUCAUGUGCACAGUGGCAAAUAUGUGCUGUGGGAGAGAAGAUAUGGUCCUCACCUUGGGGAAGGAGUAUGGCACUAAAAAGAAUAAGGGAUGGAUUGUGGGAGGCAGAGGCAGUGGAGUACAGUGAGCAAAAUCAGGUUUAUCCAGAGGACAUUCUGCAUGGCAGACCACUCCCAGGCCACCAGAGCCCUGUGCAUUUCCCCUGUCAGUUCAGCCAAGUAGACAUAGAUAUGCUGCAUCACUUCUCUUCCCUUGUCUCUCUUUCCCUAACGUCUUCUAGCUUCCGGCAGCCUCCACCUGGCUUCUAGGGGAAGGAGGAGGGAAGAGCCAGGAGGGAACAGUGUUGGUAGAGAGGAGGACAGGGUCCUGUCUCUGACUGGUCAGAUUGGGCAGAAAGCCGCAGCGGGUGCAAGUGGAGCUGCUGGGCAAUCAGAAGUCUACACGCACGCCCAGCUAGACGUCCUUCCGGUCCUUUCCAUUUAUACCACUUACAUUUGACAAGAGAAAUAUGGGUGUGGAUAAGUCUAGUUUAUGUUGUUGAGGAAAAAAAUUUGGAAAAAUUUUGGCAGGGGAAGAAAAGACACAGGAUUGGAAAGCAUUGGGAAAACUGCGCCUACAUGUUUGCACUGGUUCUACACGUUCCGGGGUCUUUGGUUAGACUACUUCGAAAGCUCCGUCUUGAUCUCAGACUUUCUGCCAUCGUGUCAUCUCUGGGGUAGAAACCUGGGGCUGAUUUAUAAUUAGGCCUUCCAAAUCCUGGGUUAUUUGGAGCUGUAGGUUUGAGGGUUAAGUUCCUGGUUUUCACUAGUUCUUCUUAUGUACCUCAUUUUUCCAUGUCUUUUAAACAGUAAUACUUAGAGAAACAUUUGAAUGUUUCAUUUGCCGAAAAUGAUUUAUAAUUUUGUUUCCAUCUGUCAUGGUAAUGGUUUCAAGUGCAGCAAAGUAAGAUAGUGCUGGUCAUCCUAUAAGCGAGAAAUGGAACAGAACUUUUUUUUUUUUUUUUCAACAGAGUUGAAAAGUUGGUUGGUUGAAAUGAGGGCACUAAGGAGUGUUUUCACAGGGAUCCUUGGACUCGGGUUAGCCCAGAUCUCUGGAGGCUGCCACCUAGAGAGAACCAGCAAAGAUGUGAUUGCAGCUCCUAGCAAGCUGGAUCUCAGAUCCAUCAAUACGUUUACUGUUUACUCCUUCACUGACAUUACCAUGAUCUUGCUUUUCUCUUAAUAUUUAGUAAAUCCCAAGAUCACACUUAUCUAUUGAGAAAGUAGUUCUGGUCCACAUAUAAUUACUGAGCACCUCCUGAAUGUCAGGCUGUGUUGUUAGAUCUUGGGGGGACAAGGGUGAUACUGUUUCUACUUAUAGUCUAGUGGGGGGAAACACAUACACAGAUAACUUUAAACAGUGUCGUUUAGAGGAAUAAAUCAGAAAAAAAAGCUAGAGCUUGUUGACUAGUUAAAUGUGGGGAUUGAAAAAAAGGAAAAGUGUCCAGGUUCACUUCCAGGUACUGCCGUCCAUUUUCUCCUCCUUGAAGCUCUUCUUCCCUGGGCCUUCAUACAUCUCUAGUUUAGAGUUCUGUCUGCUUUGCUGAUCAUUCUCCCAUACUCUCCUUUGGCAGAUCCACUUCAAAGGCAUAGUACUUACAUGCUGGUGUCCCCAGGGCCCCCUCUUCAGCUGUCUGCUCUAUUUGUCUAACUUUUUCUCAUAGGGCAAAACUUUCCAAAGCUCUGUCUGUAGCUCAGACCUUUCUUCUGAGCAACACACUCUUAUUCCUCAGCCUCUACUCAGUCAUUCCAUCUGCCAGACACUGCAGACUCCAUAUACCACAACCUCUAGACUCCAAAGCUGUGUGUCUUCCUGUACCCUAUCCCACAUCGCCUGGGACCCCCUCUGUAGAAGAAAAUAGAAGUGGAUGCGAGGUCUCAUGCAGCACUAAUAGAAAUAUACUAGCUACAUGUCUAAUUUAAACUUUUCUUGUAUCUGUAUUAAAAAGGCAAAAAGAAACAAGUGAUACUAAUUUUAAUUAUAUAUUAACCUAACAUACCAACAUAUUAUUUCAACACAUAAUCAGUAUAAAAAUUACUGAGAUUUUUACAUUUUUUUCCCAUACUGAACCUUCAAAAUUCAGUGUGCAUUUUAAUCACAAUUUGCACUAGCCACAUUUCAAGUGCUCAAUAGCCCUAUGUAACUAGUGGCUCCUCUAUUGUACGGUGCAAGUCUAGAAUGAAAAAGGUAGUAUUUGAGGCUGGGCAAAAACUCUUCUUAUUAGAAGUAUGACAGAAUAUAGAAAUAGAGGAUACCUACAUUUAAGCAUCACUAUUUUUAUGAGUCAUGUGUGUUCUCUGUUCCUUAUGGUUUUCCCCUAAUAUUUAGAGAAGCUUUUGAAAUUCUAGUUUUCUCAGCAGUGCCAAGAUCCUUCCUCUGAUUCUGGGAAGGGAAUUCCAAGGGGUGAGCAGCCCAUCUCCCCACCGCCACCACUCCAGGGGAAUCCCAAGGGGAAUGUGUGAUUCUCAGCACAGAGCCCCUCCCUACUUAGGUCCUUGUUUCAAAAGUUUAUUAUGAAAUCUCUGGAUUUCGUUUCAGAAGGAAAUUGCUUUUCUUCACAAUUCCUUUCCAAAAUGUUCAUACCUUAGCUGCCAGAAACAAAAUGCAUUUGCUUUACUGUAAUUAUUACAGCCAAAGCCACCAUAUAUCGUGGAUUUUUCCAACAUGGUACUUUCAAUAUUGUCUCUUUCAGUCCAUGCAUCUUGAAUUUUGGUUCAAAAAAUAGGAUCAGUCUAUCACACUCUUGAGUGUGAAAUACUGGGGAGUGCCAUGGUGAUCAAGCGACUGGCACUCACCAGCUCCUGGAGCUUAGAACGUAAUUCUGGAUACUUAGCUAUAAAUGAUUUCCAGAGACUGCUCCUUUCCCUGGGGAGCUGAAAUUUUUCCAGAGAGGCCACGUCUUCUCAGGUGGCAGCCAAGCAAGUACCUGGGCAGUGCAGGUCUUCUCAUGAGACCUUGUUUAUGCUACUGUCCAUACAUCAAUUUGAGUUUUAAGGGGUGCUUUUUCUGAUGAGAUUUAAAGUUAUGUAGAAGCAACAAAGCUUUCUAAGAAUAUUUUUGGCAGGCUAAAGAAGGAUCAAAAAAAAAAGAAGAAGAAGAAGAAGAAGAAGGAGAAAGAAAUGACACAGGCCGUGGGACAGCGGUAUGAGCCGCUGGGACACUAGCCAGAUAUCGGUGCUCCCAAACUGGGGAAGACAAUGGACUUUACUGUUACUAUUCAAAAUGCUGUUCACGUUCUUUAAUCGUUGACUAAAAUUAUUUCACUUUCAAGGUCUAGGCCAGUCGGGGUUGGGUGGUGGGUGGAGGAGGGUUGUUGCAGAGGGCCUGACUUCCGUGGCGGGUGGCUGGGGGAGUAUCUGUGUUUCAACCCGCAGGCCCUUUCCCCUCAGGGCAAAGGGCACCGAGAGGCAAGGGAGGGGGUCGGCGAGCGGGCUGGGGGUCAGAGGGUAGGGAGCAUCACCCAGGGUCUCCUGGCUGCCAGUCUCCCAGAGUCCCCAGCUUUCCAGGUAGGGACGCCCCCUCCCACGCAGCGCGGCUCGCUCGGGUGGGAAGGAGGGGCUGGGCUCCGAGCGCCCGCCCCUCCAUCUAUCACAUGGCCGGAGAGCCACAAAAACAACAGCUUUGGCCAAGACGGUGACUUCAGGAAAGGGAACCCAGGGCUCUCGCAGCCAGCCCCCACCCCAUGGAGGAGAGUUUUCUUGAAUCCUUUGGGAGGCUGAGCCUCCAGCAGCAGCAGCAGCAGCAGAAACCUCGGCCGCCGGCCCCGCCACCCCCGCGUGGGACACCUCCGCGCCGUCCCAGCUUUAGGAAACACCUCUACCUCCUGCGAGGCCUCCCGGGCUCGGGGAAAACUACACUGGCCAGACAAUUGCAACACGACUUUCCCAGGGCCCUGAUUUUCAGCACGGAUGACUAUUUCUUCAGGGAAGACGGUGCCUAUGAGUUCAAUCCCGACUUCCUGGAGGAAGCACAUGAGUGGAACCAGAAAAGAGCCAGAAAAGCAAUGAGGAAUGGCAUAUCCCCCAUUAUUAUUGAUAAUACCAACCUCCACGCCUGGGAAAUGAAGCCCUAUGCAGUCAUGGCACUUGAAAAUAACUAUGAAGUUAUAUUCCGAGAACCUGACACUCGCUGGAAAUUCAACGUUCAAGAGUUAGCAAGAAGAAACAUUCAUGGAGUCCCCAGAGAAAAAAUACACCGAAUGAAGGAGCGGUAUGAACACGAUGUUACCUUUCACAGCGUGCUUCAUGCAGAAAAGCCCGGCAGAAUGAACAGAAACCAGGACAGGAAUAACGCCUCACCUUCCAACGGCGCACGAUACUGGAAUCCGUACGCUGAGUUUCCCAACCGGAGGGCUCAUGGGGGCUUCACAAAUGAGGGCUCCUUUAACAGAAGAGGUGGCUGUCACCAUGGAUAUUAGAGGCCUAUCUUACAUGCAAUCGAAAUUUUCCUAAAUCAGUUUUUACUGCAAAUUUUGGUAUUUAUUCUUUGUUCGGUUUUCCUCAGAGCUCUAAUUCCAGUGUAAAUAGUCGGACCUGAAAGUUUUUGAGCAGAAGUCAUUAUACUCAUCUUCAACAAGCAUUUGUUACAGUGAUCCUAUAUGCAUGGUCUGAUGCUGGGAAUUCUGCUGACUUGAUUAAACAAAGUCCCUUUCCCUAGGGAGACCAGAAAUUGGAAACAGAAACCUGAGAACGGGCCCAUGCACAUACGCAGUCACCUAAGUUCGAUAUACAGAAGCUUUAGUACCACUUUCUCUGAAGUAAUCUACUUUUCCAGGAAAUUCAUCUUCAUCAGGAAAGUUGGAAAGGUGGGGGAGAAGUGGGAGGCAGGAAAAAUAUUAGUGCCAUUGCUACUUUGAUAAUCUAUGUAUCCCAAAAUGUGAGAUGUGUGGCUGUCAUGAUGAUACUGAUUUUCCCUUAAAAUGCACAUGCCAGAGAGCAUACAUCUAAGGGAAUACUGUCCUUCAAAGUAGAUACUUGGGGAAAUUAUUCCUUUAUUCUAGUGAUGUGUCAUUGUUAAAAAUAUUGGAUCCUUCUUCUAAAAUUUUUUUUUUUUAGAGACAGAGAGUGAGAGAGCAGGGGAGGGGCAGAGGAAGAGGGAGAGAGUGUCUUAACAUGCUCCUUGCUCAGUAUGGAGCCCACCGUUGGGCUCAAGCUCAUGACCCUGAGAUAUGACCUGAGCUGAAAUCAAGAGUUGGGUGCGCUACCGACUGAACCACCCAGGAGCCCCUGUCAGAUCCUUAACAGCUGUACAAGGUGUUUCAUAUUUGGUGCCACAAGCCCGUGGUGGCUGAAAUGCCUUCUGUGCAGCUGGAGAAACAAAUGUACAGAUGGGACUGACAGGUGGAGGGAAUAUAAAUCUGAUGACGGACGCCAGAUACUCAAUGUAACUAGAUAAAGAGGAAAAAGACAUAAUGGAAGAACGGAUAAGCAUUACAAUUCUUGUAAAACAAAUACCAUAACAACAAAGAUCCAAGGAUUAUACCAUUGUUUUGUGGGUAGUGGUAGCCCAUUUUUGCUCUUCUGAUACACAUUAACUUUAUACUUUAUGUACCAUUUGAACUCAUUUUAUUAAUUAGUACUCUAACUUAAAAAAUUUAUAUACUGACCUGAAUCUUUUUCUUUCUUCCCAUAGCUUAUGAUACGCAACUUCCAUACAGUUGUAACAUUCCUUGAUAAAAUUUGCUCUCCUUGCUCAGUAGAUUCCAUAGCCUUCCUGAAUUCCAACUGGAUCUGUGCUUGCUUCUUAUCAUUCAACAUCUGUCUGUGAUUAUUCAAGGCUCUUAACUGCUCUUCACUAAAGUAACCCUAGGAUCAUUUAAUAUAUUAAGGCAAGUGAUAUUAGAAUAAAAAGCAAACAAAAAACUUCA